CUUCAGAAACGUGAGGGCUGCCGGUCACGUGGGGGCGGUCCCGGCCAAUCAGGGCCGGGGGGCGGAGCGCGGCGGCCGGCGGAGCCCCGGAGCGGAGUCACAGGGCGAGCGGCGAGGGCGCUAGCGGCUGCUUCCCGGGAGCCGAGCUUUGCCGGCCGGAGCCACCGUCCCGCUUUUCCGCCUCUUCCCUCCCGGCGCGGGCGCUGCGCGGGGUGAUGUGUGCCCGCCGGGCGGCCGCCCCCGGCGCCGUCUCCUAGAGCCGCCUGAGGUGAGGCCACGUCCCGGCUCCGCCAGCGCCCUACUCGCCGCGGCGGCGCCGGGGACCCCGCACCGCUCCCUCCGCUCUCCCCCGCGGGGCUGCGGCCGCUGCUCGCCCCGGCGCCGGGCGAUGAGCGGCUCCGCUGGCGGCGGCUCCCGCUGAGCGCCCGCCUGGCCCGCGGCGGCAUGGGGGUGAACGCCGUGCACUGGUUCCGCAAGGGGCUGCGGCUCCACGACAACCCGGCGCUGCGGGAGUGCAUCCAGGGCGCCGACACGAUCCGCUGCGUCUACAUCCUCGACCCGUGGUUCGCCGGCUCGUCCAACGUGGGCAUCAACAGGUGGCGAUUUCUACUUCAGUGUCUUGAGGAUCUUGAUGCUAAUCUACGGAAACUGAAUUCUCGUUUGUUUGUUAUUCGUGGACAGCCAGCAGAUGUUUUUCCUAGACUUUUUAAGGAAUGGAACAUUGCAAAACUUUCUAUUGAAUAUGAUUCUGAACCAUUUGGAAAAGAAAGAGAUGCAGCAAUUAAGAAACUGGCAAGUGAAGCUGGAGUGGAGGUCAUUGUUCGAAUUUCCCAUACGUUAUAUGACCUAGACAAAAUAAUAGAAUUAAAUGGAGGGCAGCCUCCUCUUACUUACAAGCGUUUCCAGACUCUAAUUAGUAGAAUGGAACCACUGGAGAUGCCAGUGGAGACUAUAACUCCAGAAGUGAUGGAAAAAUGUACUACUCUGGUUUCUGAUGACCACGAUGAGAAAUAUGGGGUCCCAUCACUUGAAGAACUAGGUUUUGACACAGAUGGUCUGCCUUCUGCAGUAUGGCCAGGAGGAGAAACCGAAGCUCUGACACGACUGGAAAGACAUUUAGAACGAAAGGCUUGGGUAGCAAACUUUGAAAGACCACGAAUGAAUGCGAAUUCCCUUCUGGCAAGUCCUACAGGGCUUAGUCCCUACCUCCGUUUUGGCUGUUUGUCCUGUCGUCUCUUUUAUUUCAAGUUAACGGACCUGUAUAAAAAGGUAAAAAAGAACAGCUCCCCUCCCCUCUCUCUCUAUGGCCAGCUGUUAUGGCGUGAAUUUUUCUACACAGCAGCAACUAACAAUCCACGAUUUGAUAAAAUGGAGGGAAAUCCUAUCUGUGUUCAAAUUCCCUGGGAUAAGAAUCCUGAGGCUUUGGCCAAGUGGGCAGAAGGCAGGACAGGUUUUCCCUGGAUUGAUGCAAUUAUGACACAGCUUCGCCAAGAAGGCUGGAUUCACCAUUUAGCCCGGCAUGCCGUGGCAUGUUUCUUGACUCGAGGUGAUCUCUGGAUUAGCUGGGAAGAAGGAAUGAAGGUGUUUGAAGAACUCUUACUUGAUGCAGAUUGGAGUGUGAAUGCUGGAAGUUGGAUGUGGCUCUCCUGUAGUUCCUUUUUUCAGCAGUUUUUUCACUGCUACUGUCCAGUGGGUUUUGGUAGAAGAACUGACCCAAAUGGGGAUUAUAUCAGACGUUAUUUGCCUGUACUCAGAGGUUUCCCUGCAAAAUACAUCUAUGAUCCUUGGAAUGCACCAGAGAGUGUCCAGAAGGCUGCAAAAUGCAUUAUAGGAGUUAAUUAUCCCAAGCCAAUGGUAAAUCAUGCAGAGGCAAGCCGUCUGAAUAUUGAGAGGAUGAAACAAAUCUACCAGCAGCUUUCACGAUAUAGAGGACUGGGUCUUCUUGCAACAGUGCCUUCUAAUCCAAAUGGAAAUGGAAAUGGUGGCCUAAUGGGAUAUUCACCAGGAGAAAACAUUUCUGCUUGUGGUAGUACGGGAGGAGCUCAGUUAGGAACUGGUGACGGUCAUACUAUUGGUAUUCAGACAUGUGCCCUGGGAGAUUCUCAUACUGGAGCAAGUGGAAUUCAGCAGCAAGGUUACUGUCAAGCAAGUAGUAUCUUACAUUAUGCUCAUGGAGACAAUCAGCAAUCACAUCUAUCGCAAACAGUAUUAUUGGAAGAGAACAUACCACAUCAAGAACACACAGGACAGAACUCUACUACUCUGUAUUGGAACUGAAGUGUUGUGAGAGUACUUGUACUAAAACAACAUAGUUCUUCAUAAAUUAUUUUCAAUUGUUCUCAGUUGUUGUAAACAAGUCCAAUUUUUGGAAUGCAUUAUUUCUAACUGGCAUUUCUAUGGUUUUUAACUUUUUAAUGACUCUUUCACAAAGGGCAAACUGAGUUUUGUAUAUAAACUAUUUGGUGAGGAAUUUGUUAACUUAAUGUAAAUACAAACAUUCAUGAUUAGCGAUAGACCCAUCAAUAUAUUUUUGAUAAUCUUUCAUGUAUAUGGUAGUAGGAAAAGCUGUAGUGAUGUUCUGUAAAAACAGAUGGACAUAGAAGGCUUUGAGGUUUUUAAACUAUUACUAUUUUUAGAUUUCAGAAUUUGACCUCUGUAUGAUCAACUUCAUACUUUCAUAAUGCAAGUGCUUAGGACUGUGUUUAAUCAAAAUACAGUAGAGUUGCAAUCUUUAUUAAAUGCAUUUGUAUAUAAGUCAUAUGCCAAUUUUUUGUCAAGUUGUAAACUUAUCAUGUAUAUGUCCAGUCCUUGUAUUUCGCAGUUGCCUUGUUCAGUAAUGACUUGACCCUGUUAAUAAAAAAAAAAAAAAAAAAAAAAAAAAAUGUAUAUACAGACACAUGUGUGGUUUUUUUGUGUAUGCUAUUGCUCUGGUAUAUAUUUCCUAACAAAAUUAUUUGGAAAAUAAGGGAUUUGUAAUGUUAAAAUGUAAUAUAUUAAGUUAAUUGUACAUGGCUUUCAGUUUAACUUUCACUCAAGUUUCAUGAUACUGAAGCAAAAUGCUGUCCAAAUUAUUUGGCUGUUUUUAUUGAAAUUGUACGUGUGUAUGUAGUCCUACAUUAAAUAUUUUCCC